AUGGCCGAGUUCCGCGGUAAAUACGAAAAUGUGGCACGCGAUCUGAAUGGCAAAGUGCGUGUAGGUGCCGUGAACUGCGAUAAGUACUCAAAAUUGUGUCGUGCCAAUGGCAUCGACAAGUUCCCGACGUUUGCGUACAUUUGGGAAGGCCAACUCACGAAAUUUGUCGGUGAAGUGGACGAGUAUGAAGUGUAUAAUUUCGCUAUUGAGAAGCAUAUUGCACGUUUGCAACGUAUGCGGGAGACGGGUGAGAUUGAGAAAUUACAUGCUGGUAAUGAGGCCAAGCUGUGUAAUAUUGGCAAACAUGCCACAUCGGGCUCGUCAUCUCUGUGCGCUGUAUUCGUUUUGUCGGGUGAUAAGAAGAAGCGUGAGCAGGAGAUGCAAGCAGCAAAGGAAGUCGCUAAAAGGUUCCGUCACUCAAAGAGUCUUAGUAUUGCGUAUGUGGACUGGAAGACGCAGCAGCACCCGGUCCGGAAGUUGAUCGAGACGGCUGUUGGCCACAGUCACAGACAGCAACAGCCUGGAUUGCUCGUGAUUCGUACGAAACGUGGCAAGACGCGGGUGGGUACGCAUCCUUUGGAUGCUGACUUUACUACGGACGCGUUGUCUGCUACUAUGGAGCGUGCAGUUGGCGGUGAUCUGUCGAUGUCAAAUAUGCAUGGAUCGGUGCAUUUUCGCUGA